AUGCAGCGCGCGGCGCUGGGCGCGCUCGGGGGGGCGGCGCGGGUGAGACCGGGGACCACCGGGACCCCAGAACCCCAGCCCCGGGACCACCGGGACCCCCGGAACCCCAGCCCCGGGACCACCGGGACCCCAGCCCCGGGACCACCGGGAACCCAGCCCCGGGACCACCGGGACCCCUUGGCCCUGGGACCCCCCGCCAUGGGAUCACCGGGAACCCCAGAACCCCAGCCCCGGGACCACCGGGACCCCCCAGCCCCGGGACCACCGGGACCCCCCAGCCCCGGGACCACCGAGAACCCCGGAACCCCAGCCCCGGGACCACCGGGACCCCCCAGCCCCGGGACCACCGGGACCCCCGGAACCCCAGCCCCGGGACCACCGGGACCCCCAGCCCCGGGACCACCGGGACCCCCCAGCCCCGGGAUCACCGAGAACCCCGGAACCCCCCAGCCCCGGGACCACCGGGACCCCUUAGCCCUGGGACCCCCGCCAUGGGAUCACCGGGAACCCCAGGAUCCCCCAGCCCGGGGACCACCGGGACCCCCAGAACCCCAGCCCCGGGAUCACCCGGACCACCGGGAACCCUGGGAACCCCAGCCCCGGGAUCACCGGGACCUUCCAGCCCUGGGACCCCCCGGGAAUGCCGCCCCGCGCCGCUGGCUGAGCGCGGCCCCGCCGGCGCUGCGGGAGCUGCGGGAGCUGCGGGCGCACACCGGGCAGCCCGUGCUGCGCUGCCGGGAGGCGCUGGAGCGGGCGGGGGGCGACCUGCGGCAGGCCGAGGCCUGGCUGGAGGCCGAGUCGCGCCGCCGGGGCUGGGCCCGAGCCGCUGCCCCCGGGGCUGCCCGGGCCCGGGAGGGGCUCGUGGGGGUCCUGAGCGAGGGCCCGGCCGCUGUCAUGGUGGAGGUGAACUGCGAGACGGAUUUCGUGGCGCGAACCCCCGACUUCCAGCAGCUGGUGGAGAUGGCGGCCAGGGGGGUCCUGGGGCACUGCCAGGGGGCCUCGGGCACCAAGCUCCUGCUGCCAGAGGAGGAGCUGGCCCAGGUGCGGGCAGGGGAUGGGGGGGACCUGCUGGUGCGCAACCUGGCACUGGCCAUGGGCCGCCUGGGCGAGCGGCUGGCGCUGCGCCGGGCCGGCUGGCUCCGCGCCCCCCCCGGGGGUUUCGUUGCCACCUAUGCCCACGGCUGGGUGCCCCCCGGGCCCGCCGUGGCCAUGGGCACCUACGGGGCGCUGGUGGCGUGCGGGGGGCCGGGCCCGGGGCCCCCCCCGGCCGAGCUGCGGGAGCUGGGGCGCAGGGUGGCCCAGCACGUGGUGGGCAUGGCGCCCACCGCGCUGGGCACCCCCGAGGACGAGCUGGGGGGGGACAGCGAGACGCGGCUGCUGGCGCAGGGGACGCUGAUGGAGCCGGGCGUGCCCCUGGGCCGCUACCUGCGGGACAGGGGGGGGCUCCGGGUCUGGGAUUUCCUGCGCUUCCAGUGCGGGGAGGAGCCCCCCAGGGAGCCCCCCGCCCCCCCGGGCUGAGGGAUGUGGCUCGGGGGGCACACAGACCCCCCCCCCCCCAGGCCAGGCUGGGGCAGCGAGGGCCCCCCCAGGUGCGGGGGUGAGGCUGAAUAAAGGUGCACAGG